AUGCUCUCCUUCAUACUGAUCCAGAAUCGCCAGGGCAAGACCCGUCUGGCCAAGUGGUACGCCCCCUACAGCGACGACCAGAAGAUCAAGCUCAAGGGCGAGGUCCACCGCCUCGUCGCCCCCCGCGACCAAAAGUACCAGUCCAACUUCGUCGAGUUCCGCAACAACAAGAUCGUCUACCGCCGCUACGCGGGGCUCUUCUUCUGCGCCUGCGUCGACACCAACGACAACGAGCUCGCCUACCUCGAGGCCAUCCACUUCUUCGUCGAGGUCCUCGACGCCUUCUUCGGCAACGUCUGCGAGCUCGACCUCGUCUUCAACUUCUACAAGGUCUACGCCAUCCUCGACGAGGUGUUUCUCGCCGGCGAGAUCGAGGAGACGAGCAAGCAGGUCGUCCUGACGAGGCUGGAGCACCUAGACAAGCUGGAGUGA